AUGCCUCCAUUCCGCAAAGUCCUCGCCUCUGCACCCGCCCUCGGCCCUCCACCUUCCUCCUCUUUACCUUCUACACCGGCCGACGCCCUUACACAACCCCUUGCAUCCUCAUCCUCAGCAUCCGCAUCCACCUACGCUGCCUCUUCCUCAUCCUCCUCGCAGUAUCUCUCCGCACACUCGCCGCGCCCUCCUCAGUCGCCCACAUCUCCAACCAGCCCGCACUCGUCCGGCUCGCGGACGAGCAUGGACUCGGGCUACGCCUCCAUGUCCCCCUUCCUCACCCCGCACCCGGACUGGGCCCUCUCGCGCACGUACGAGAACUGGAAGAUCGCGGACGCCGCCAGCCAGCGCCUCUUCGUCGACGUCCGCCAGCUCGAGGACUUGAGGGCCCGCCUGCGCGCGGCCAAGAAGCGGGAGGCGGCUGCGAGGAGCCCGCAGCCGAAGCGCAAGCCGUCCGCACUCGGGCUCCGCAUCUUCAGAGGCAAGGCCGCCUCGCCACCCUCCGCCGCCGCGCCGCUGCCCGAGGAGGGCGCGGAGGAGCUGCCGAGCGUGGCGGAUCUCGAGGCGCAGCUCGCCCAGCUGCUUGAACGCAUGGAGCCCGCGAAAGCGGCGGCGGGCAGGCUCGACGGGUACUUUGAGGAGCUGAAGAAGGUGCUCGACGACGGGCGGCCGGUGUCGUGGCGGAGUACGACGAGCGGCGCGACGGGACACCCGUACCUCGACGACCACGCGCGCGCGCGGAAGACCGUCGCGGCGCGCGACCAGGCCUACAUCGACGGCAAGGAAACGGCGGCGGCGCUGCAGCACGCGCAGAACGCGGUCCAGUCCGCGCACCACCACUACACGAAGGCGUUGGACCUCAUCGACGCCGUUUGCAGCCCGAAGAAGAGCAGGUGGGAGGCUAUGGUCGGCGACGAGCAGAGCCGGCAGGAGACCUACCGCGAGGCCGCAGACUGGGCGAGCAAGGCACAGCGGUGCUUCGACGAGUGCGUCGCAUCGCUAACCCCGUACGCGUUCCUGCUCUCGCGCGAGGACGAGAAAAACGUGGAGGAGCUGCGCGAGACGGGGCUGCUGCAGGCCCUGCAGUUCUACAAGCUCAUGUACGGCGGCCCGACACUCGCGAUGGGCAUACAGCAACAGCAGCAGAUCAUGACGCUCAAGCAGGAGGCCGUCUACCAGCGGCUGACGACGUUCGCGGUCUGGGUGCAGAACUGCACGCGCCACUGCGAGUCGGUCGCGCGCGACGCGCACGAGAGCCGGGACCGCGCGCGGCGCGAGCUCGUCGCGCUCUGGGUGCGCGCCGACGACGACUGCGAGACGUUCUCGCUCGCGGCCCGAGCGAGCGCAGCCGGGUGUUCACGGCGGCGUGACGUGGUUGCUAUUGUGUAG